UCACAAAAUCUCGAGACUCCUCCUUGCUUCAUUUUGUCGAAUACCAUUAGCAACACAAAACCAAAAUGGCUUUUCGUCCAAAGUUGAUGAUCCUUCUCUUCUUGCCUCUAUUGCUAUCUCAAACCAUUUCUGCCUAUUCCUCUAGCGAUGUCAAAUCCUGGUGUAGCAAAAUGCCUUAUCCACAGCCUUGUGAGUACUUCUUGACCAACAACCCCAAGCAAGCUCCCAUCAAUCAGAAAUCCGAUUUCCUCAAGGUCUCGAUGCAAUUGGCUCUCGAAAGAGCUCAACUAGCCCACAACCACACGCACUCGUUGGGGCCGAAGUGCAGCAACGAGCGCGAGAAGGCCGCUUGGGCCGAUUGCCUCCAGCUGUAUGAGCACACUGUUCUUCGUCUGAACAAAACUAUCGUCCACGAGUGCACCCAGGAUGAGGCGCAGACGUGGCUCAGCACGGCCAUGACCAAUCUCGAGACAUGCCGAGCUGGGUUUGUCGAAUUAGGCAUUACCGACAAUGUAUUGCCUUUGAUGUCAAACAAUGUUUCCAAGUUGAUAAGCAACACUUUGGCCCUCAACUAUGCACCCUACACCACACCUAACUAUACGAAGAAAUUUCCCAUUUGGGUGAGGCCCGGCGACCGAAAGCUCUUGCAGUCUUCAUCCGCGGUGUCUAAGGCCAAUAUCGUGGUGGCUCAGGAUGGUUCGGGGAACUACAAGACAAUCAGUGAAGCCAUAACCGUGGCAUCAAAGCGGUCCGGCACUGCAAGGUACAUCAUCUAUAUUAAGGCAGGUACUUACAAGGAGAACGUCGAAGUUGGAUCGAAAUUAGAGAACAUUAUGUUCGUCGGUGAUGGUAUUGGGAAGACCAUAAUCACUGGAAGCAAAAGCGUUGGCGGAGGCUCUACCACCUUCAAUUCUGCGACUGUCGCUGCUGUUGGUGAUGGAUUCAUCGCACAAGAUAUCACUUUCCGCAACACUGCUGGUGCAGCAAAUCACCAAGCCGUUGCUCUGCGCUCCGGCUCUGAUCUCUCGGUGUUUUAUAGAUGUAGCAUUGAGGGUUAUCAAGACACCCUCUAUGUUCAUUCCGAGCGUCAAUUCUACAGAGAAUGCAACAUCUACGGCACCGUUGACUUUAUCUUUGGGAAUGCUGCCGUCGUUUUCCAGAAUUGCAACAUCUAUGCCGGAUACCCUCCGAAUAAGACCAAUACCAUCACCGCUCAGGGCGGAACCGACCCAAACCAGAACACCGGCAUCUCCAUCCAUAAUUGCAAGGUCACCGCAGCUUCAGACCUAAAAUCGGUUCAAAGCUACGUGAAUACGUAUCUUGGUAGGCCGUGGAAAGCAUAUUCUAGGACAGUUUUCAUGAAGACUUACCUUGAUAGCUUGAUUAACUCGGCUGGUUGGAUGGAGUGGGAUGGAGACUUUGCUCUCGACACUUUGUACUAUGGAGAAUACUUGAACACGGGCCCCGGAUCGUCGACUGCAAAUAGGGUCACAUGGGCAGGCUAUCAUGUCAUCACAAGUGCUACCGAGGCUUCCAAGUUCACCGUUGGGAGCUUUAUUGCCGGCGGGUCUUGGUUGCCUGCCACAGGCGUGCCGUACACAUCCGGCCUUUAAGCUUUUUAAAGAUGGAAAAUCGGAGGUGGAAUGCAAGUCUUACGGGAGUACAGGGCGGCUCACCAGGAACAUAAGUGUUCCGUCAUAUGAAGCGGUUUGUUAAUUAGCAAAGAAAUUCUUAUAUAGUUCCCAUUCGUUACAUAUAUCUGAUGUAAUAAAGUGAUCAAGUUGUCAUUCUUUAUGAUUCUAAUUUUUUAUUCUUCUAGAGUGUACUUUUAUGGUGAUUUUCACCU